UUCCCCUCAUGCUUUCAUGUUCACUUCUAAACCCACAACUCAAAAUUAUAAACACAAUUCUCUAACUUUCCCCCCGAAAAAAGAAAAACCACCCAUUUCCACAAUUAUAUUUACGCCAUAACUAAGGAUUAUAAUGUCUGGUCCUUCUAGAGAUUUGGUAACGGCGCCCUUUGGUUCGAGGUUGGGAGUGGAGGAGGAGAACUCGAUUAUUGUCUCGGCUCUCACAUACGUGCUGACCGACACCAGAAUUGGGCUUGAUCAUAAUGAUGAUUAUAGUAAUAAUCAUUCCGGCACCGCCGUCUUGUGGUUUCCUAGCGCCAACGAUGAGUGCAAGAAGUGCCAGUUUGCGAACUGCUUGGGAUGCAACUAUUUUGAAGAUGGGAAUAAUCAAAAUCAAAAUGUGGUGAAAGAUGAAGAUAAUAAUGACAAUGGAAAUAAGAAGAAGGGGAGGAAGAAGAUGAAGGGGAGAUUCAGAGGAGUAAGGGAGAGGCGCCGGGGGAAAUGGGCAGCUGAGAUUCGAGACCCGAGAAGAAGAAUAAGAGUGUGGUUAGGGACUUUCCAAACGGCGGAGGAAGCAGCGAGGGCGUAUGACAGAGCUGCCAUUGAGUUCCGUGGAGGAGACAGAGCAAAGCUCAAUUUUCCAGCCUCAGAUUACCAGCAGAAUGAAAUCCCACAAGGGAACAGGGAACCCAAUUUGGAGGAAAUCAAAAGAUAACGCAGUUCUAAUUUUCCAUGGUAGCUGGGGAAGUUUCUUAACUUAAAUUAUAAUUAGUUAAUUAGGGGAAAUUAUGGGUCCUUUUUUUUAAAAAAAAAAGUGAAGUCAGAGUUUGAGUUUCACCCAUCCCGAAUGAGGUAGAGGAUAUUGUAUCCAUUUUGUGUAGAAGGAAAAAUAUGCGUUUUUUCUUUUAUUAUGAUUAAUAUGAAGUGGAGAAAGUUGUGAAGGGGUGGGAGGUCUUAUAUUUUAGGAUUUAUGUUGAAGUGUAGAGCCAAAACAAUAACACUUGAGGAAAGAGAGGUACGACCCCCAUGAAAAGACAGGUGGGACCUUCGUGUGUUGAAUGUUUUAUAGAGUUCAGGUCCAGGUCCAGAUCCAGAUUGGUUGGUUUUAAUUUCUGAGGUGGAGAAUCAGUUUUACACUAAAUCCAAAAUUGAUGACAUCAACCAAAUAAUUGGGCACACAUUUUCAUACAAAACAACGCGAAACCCUUGACCUUAAAUUAUGAUCCAUACAUAUUCCACGUUCUAGAACGGAUGGAAGCUUCUCUAUUCUUGGCAGGUCUUUUCUCUUUCUUUUUUUGGGUAUAAUAUAUAUAUAUAUAUAUAUAUAUAUAUAUAUUGCUUCUGACGGUUCUGAACUUUCAAAGUUCCAUAUUGAUUUGCAAUCCGGCAAGUGUUAUUGAAGACGGUGAAACUUCUCUUGUCAUCGCGGAAGAGAGACGGUUGAGGAGCCUCAGGAAAUUGCAAGACUUUCCUCGUUUCUGUGUUUCAAUACACAAAUAUGCAGUCUUUUUAUUUGUUUCUAUAUAUAUCCUAUUCGUUUUUUUUAAAAAAAAAAAUCAAGAACAAAACAUUAAAACUAUUUUAUGUUUACUAUAUUCUGUACUGGGUAGGUAGAAUUUAAAUGAAAGAGAGGAAAAAAAGGCAGGCAUCUGGUCCGACAGACUCAAAAUUGAUCAUCCAUCGCCCAUUUGGACCAGAAAAUAAAAUAGGACAGAUUAAAAUUAGGGGAAAGGUCCACUAAUUUGACCAUUUGAUAGAAUUGCAAGUAUUACCUUGAAAAGUAAGAAAUAUGAAUUACAUCAGUUCCAAUAAAUAAUAAAAAUUUGUGAAGCCCACUAGAACUUCAACUUCAUAUCAUAAUCGACUAUGCCUGCCCUUUGCCCUACUACUGGCACGUCGCUUCGAAGAAUGAAAUCAAAUUAAAUCCCUUUUUAAGUCUGGAAUGGCAUCCCCAUUCAAACUCCUGCAGUUGCAGUCAUCACCAAUAUUCAUUGGCUAAUUCAUCAAUAAUGGAUGGGUCUCUACAGAC